AUCUCUAAUCAGCCUUUUCUGGACCUUAUCUCGCACUAAAUAUUAUUCCAUGCAUCCUGUAUCUGUACACUGUGAGCUCCUUGAAUGUAAUCAUGAAUAGUCUUUCCGCUGACUGGAUAGCACGCAACAAAAAGUAUAUUCACUGUAACUCAUUGCAUGUGACAAUAAACUAAACUAAACUAAACUAAACUAAGUUAAACUGGACUAAACUAAACUAGAAUUGAAAAUGCUGAGUUGUGCAAUCGUGAUAUUAAAUACUAGUUCUGGUUGCCUGGGAAUAAUGAAAUACGUUGCAUUUGGGCUUGUUGAAUAUCAGUGUAACAAUGAAACAAUUUAUCUGCACAACCAUUGGCAGGCAUCAGAUGGCAACUGCGUUGCAGUUAGAGGUUUCAACACGAUUGAAUUAAGUUUGAAAUUAAUGCAAUGCCAUUGCAAAAUUCAACAGUUCAAGCAAUUUAAAUAAAGUAGGGAUUUUUAAAAUCUGCUCUUUUUUCAUUGAUUAAGAAAUUGAAUUUUCCAAUUUGCCCUAUUGAAUGCCACGACAUUUUUUGGUGUUGUUUUGCAGCUGUUAAAAGUAAUUUGUAACUUUUUUCACUCAAGGCUGCACAAAGACUUUAGAUAACACAACUUCCUGGCAUUGAUGUUAGAGGCACACAGGGAGGUAUGCAAGACUCACCACCUCCUUGUAGGUUUUUGAAAGUGCGUUUUGAGCAAGUCAUUGUUUACUAUGGUGUCCUUCUGCUGAACAUAGAAACACACAAACUCAAGACAUGAAAUUGUUAAAGAUCCAUAUUUGACGCUUGGAAGGGAUCUGUUGGGAGAGCAGCAGGGAUCCACUGGAGAGCAAGAACUACAGAUCCAACAAGAAGAUGGAAACUGAGAGUUACACUGACCCUGCCAAUAGCUACAUUUUGGAGAGAAACUAUGAGUUUUGUGGACAUAAGCUGUGGAUCAGUCAAAGCGCUGAUUCCGUGCUUGCAUCUUCCAGUUUUAUAUGGGAUGCUGGUCUUGCUCUUUGUCAGUAUGUUGAAAAACAGAGAAUAAUAUUUUCUGGUAUGAAAGUGAUUGAACUGGGUGCAGGCACUGGAAUUGUGGGAAUCUUGGCAGUCCUACUAGGAGGCGAUGUAACGAUUACGGACCGACCAAAUGUGUUGAAACAAAUAGAACACAAUGUUACUGCCAGCAUUCCUGCUUCCUGCAGAAAUCGGGUAAAUAUCCGUGCCCUAUCAUGGGGGCUUGAUCAUACUCAGUUUCCUACUGACUACGACUUCAUCCUGGGAGGUGAAAUCGUCUACUUUGCAAAGACCUAUCCUUUAUUAUUAAAGACUCUACAGCAUCUCAGCAGUGAAAGAACUAUCAUAUACCUGGCUUCCAAAAUGUGGCAGGACUUUCAGAUCAAUAGUUUCUACGAGGAAAUUCUACCAAAACAUUUUAAUUGCCAACUCGUUAACAGAAACGAAGAAGAUGACAUCAACGUGUACAAAGUGACCAAGAAAAUUCCAAGUUCUGGGGAUCAGCCAGUAACAUAGAAAGAAAAGUCUAUCACAUUAUAAGACUCUUGGGAUUCCUAAGGAUGUUUUUCUAACAUUAUCCACAUAAAAAAAAGUCAGUUUGAAGAAAUGUUUCUUUGACUUCUUUUAUUGAAUGUGUUUUUCUCUGGAUGUUGGACAUUUUUCACUCCAUCUCCUGAAGGGAUGAGGGUGCAGGAGGCUGCAACUGUCUGAUACAUUAUCUAAGGGCCAUUCUUCGUGUCUGAGACUGGACUGUGGCAUCUGACUAUUACAUUUUUUUACAGCUUUUAUCUAUCAUCAUCUCACAUCAGUUGUGUCAGUGCAAGUCAUUAGACUGGAGUCUGGUGUUGGGAAUAUGAUUUCAUUCCCCUCCACUGAAGUUCACCAAAAAUGGUCUAAUCUGCCUGGUGAUGAUUAGCUAGCAAAUUAGUGUUCACUCAGUAAAUUUGAGGCUUUAUUAACGUAUAUGGGGAGGCAAUUUUCAGCAAUAUAGUGCUGUAAUUAAUGAAGCCAUUAGAAUGGAGAAGUCUGCAGACAAUUAGGUCCCAAUAUAAUACAAAUUCUUUGGAGGCAAAGCUACAAAUUAAAUACUGGAAUGAUGCUAGAAUUGCAGGGUUAUACCAAUCAGCAAAGCUUAAUCAGAUCGGGGCUCUUUAAAUCCAGAAAAGAGAAAACUGAGAGGUUGCCUGAUAAUAGUCUUUAAGAAUAUGGGAGAGUUUGACAGGUAGGCCUAAAGAAGAAAAAAACAUGGUUAAGACAAUAACAAAUAAAUACAAUGGGGAUUCAAAAGAAACAUCCCUACCCAGAGAGGGGUUAGCAUGUGGAAUGCAUUGUUGCAUUGUUGUGGAAGCUACCCAAACAUUGGGGUUAUAUAAAGAAGGGUGGAGGUGGCUUGGGUGGAGCAUGAAGACCAACAUCGAACUUUUGAGCCAAGUAGCGUUAGUUUACUGCAGUAAUUACCAUGUCAUAAAAUAUAAACUCGUAUUAAAAUAACGUGGGUUGCUUUAGUCUUUGUGCCACAAAAACAAUAUAUUUUUGGUUUAGAAAGCCAACAGAAAAUAACAGUUAAAAUGAUUGCAAGUCUGCAGACAGUGUUUUUGAGCAAAAACAGGGAUUUGAGGUUUAUACUUUGGAAAGACGCUGCUUAAUGAGUGACUUCAGCAAAGUGUCUGAUAGAAUAAAUUAUUGGGAGAAAAAGGCCUGUGUAGAAGGCAAAGAUGGAAAUGAACGAAAAAAGACACCAGAACACAUCAGGAAAAUUCUAUUUCUCAAAUGUCUGGAAUAAUCCACUGUCAACAUGAGAACAUUACAGAUUUAGAAAUAUUCAGAUUCAGAUCAGAUCAAGUCAAGUCAAGUCAAGAGAGUUUAUUGUCAUGUGUCCCUGAUAGGACAAUGAAAUUAUUGCUUUGCUUCAGCACAACAGAACGUAAUAGGCAUUGACUACAAAACACAUUAAUAAAUAAACUGCUAAAAUGCAAAUAACAGAUAAUUGGUUAUUAAUGUUCAGAGUUUUGUCCGAGCCAGGUUUAAUAGCCUGAUGGCUGUGGGGCAGUAGCUAUUCCUGAACCUGGUCGUUGCAGUCUUCAGGCUCCUGUACCUUCUACCUGAAGGUAGCAGGGAGAUGAGUAUGUGGCCAGGAUGGUGUGGGUCUUUGAUGAUACUGCCAGCCUUUUUGAGGCAGCGACUGCGAUAAAUCCCCUUGAUGGAAGGAAGGUCAGAGCCGAUGAUGGACUGGGCAGUGUUUACUACCUUUUGCAGUCUCUUCCUCCCCAGGGUGCUCAAGUUGCCAAACCAAGCCACAAUGCAACCGGUCAGUAUGCUCUUUACUGUGCACCUGUGGAAGUUAGAGAGAGUCCUCCUUGACAAACCGACUCUCCGUAAUCUUCUCAGGAAGUAGAGGCGCUGAUAAGCUUUCUUGAUGAUUGUAUUAGUGUUCUCGGACCAGGGAAGAUCUUCAGAGAUGUGCACGGCCAGGAAUUUGAAGCUCUUGAUCCUUUCAACCAGGGUGCAAUGAAAUUCCUUGUUCACAUGAAGAUCACAGAGUAACCAAUAUACAUGCAGAAAUGACAAAUACAAGCAAAAAAACAAUGAUGAAUGUAACAGAGUGGAAUGGUUUGAGAUUGAGCUGAAAUCCAAAGUAGUGCAAAAACUCUAUUAAAGUAGAAUAAUGAAAUGUGAAUGAGAUAGAAUUGAGGGCAGAAGUAUGUGGUGACAGCUUCGGGAAAGGGGUGUGAAAGGGUGUUUGGUUCGGGAGUCUGUUAGCAGUGGGGAAGAAGAUAUUCUUAAGUUGGACAUCUGAGCUUUCAAGCUCCUGCACUUUCAUCUAGAAGAUAGUAGAGAGAAAAAGGAAUGGCCAGGGUGACAGGCCACAGCCAGCCUUCCUGAUGCAAUGAACCGUGAUGAUGGGUUGGAUGGAAAGAAGUGAUGUGGCUUUGUUGAGCUGGGCUGUGUUCACCACUCUAUCUUGGGACAGUCAGGAGCAGAGCACAUGUCAUAUCAGGCUGAGCUGUAUCCUAUCAGAAUACUUUUUUAUAGUAGAUGUGUAGAAGUUCAGGAGAAUCUUCGUGGAUAUGCUGAAUCUUCUCAGACACCUAAGAAAGUAAAUGUAUUGUUGCAUUUUUAAUUAGCACCACAUCAAUAUCAAUAUGUUGUUGUUGAUAGAUGCCAAGGAACAUGCAGCUGCCGACCAUCUACACAGUAUCUCUGUUGAUGAGGUUCACUGGAAUUUAGAAGAGUGAGAGGAGAUCUUAUAGAAACAUGUAAAAUUCUUAAGGUAUUGGACAGGCUAGAUGCAGGAAUUUCCCCCCCCCCCCAUGUUGGGGGAGUCCAGAGCCAGGUGUCACAUUUUAAGAAUAAGGGGUAGGACGUUUAGGACUGAGAUGAGUUCACCCAGAGAGUUGUGAAUCUGUGGAAUUCUCUGCCACAGAAAGCAGUAGAGGCCAAUUCAUUGGGUGUUUUCAAGCGAGAGUUAGCUCUUAGGGCUAAUGGAAAAUCAAGGGAUAUGGGGAUAAAGCAGGAACGGGGUACUAAUUUUGGAUGAUCUGCCAUGAUCAUAUUAAAUGGCGGUGCUGGCUCGAAGGUUCGAAGGUCUGAAUGGCCUAUUCCUGCCCCUAUUUUCUAUGUUUCUACGUUUCUAAGACAGAAUUAUGUUCAUCCUUGUGCUUCCUUAGAUUAACAUACAACUCUUUCAUGUUGCUGACGUAGAGGGAUAGAUUGCCAUGCUAGUACUUUGACACAAUGUUCUUGAUCUUGUUUCUGUGUUUCAUCAUUGUUGUUGAUCCGGCCUAUAACAAUGGUAUCAUUGGCGAAUUUAAAGAACCAGCUGUCAUUGCACUUGGCCACACAGUCCAGGGUGUGCGGGAGACACAAUUCUGAGGGGUAAGAUGGAAGAAAUAUUACCAAUUCAGGAAGGCCAGAAGCGUGUUUCAGAUGCAGGCCCCAAGGACGAAGUUCAGAAGUUUAGGGAUGACUUUAUUCGGUAUUAUGGUGUUGAAGGCUGAGCUGUGGGAAAUAAAUAGCAUCCUGACAUAGUUGUCCUGUGAUGGAUGAGUUCUUGUACCAUGGAGAUGGGACAUGAAUCACAAUUAUUUUUUUCUCAUGUGCCACAGCAACAUGUCAUCCUACUUGCUGAAUUUACAAGAGAUUGUACACAACGAUUCAAAUUUG